GACAUGCACCGGUGCCGGUCGGAAGGCCCGUUGCCGAUGGCGACAGAGGAGCUCUUCCUAGUGUCCCCGUCCAAGCGACGCAUCCGAGAUAUCAUUGAGAUGAAUCGUGCUGUCAACGACAAGUUGAACGAGCAAGUGCGGGUGGAAGAAAGCGCCCAACGCACAAGAUAUUAUACCAGGUGGAAGCACCUGCGCGAGGUGUACGAAAUCUACAAACAUCACAGCCCCAAGUCAAGCAGAUCACCUCGUCGAAAGUCUCCAACAUCGCCCACUCAUCACCAGGUGGGAUCACCGAGGCAACGAAAGCGCGGCGGUCCUCUCGUCGUUGCAUGCGCCGAGUUGUGCGUCGAGCCACUUGUUCCUGUCCUCGUCAUGUCGAGCAUCAUGCACUCCGCACUGGCAUUGAACGCACAUGAUCCGACGACGCAGACCAUCGUCAUGUCAUUUCUCAAAUGCGUCCAGGUGUCACAUCCGUGUAAACAGCCGGGAACUUCCUAUGUCGACCACCGCGUGAUAUGCUGCAUGUGGGACGUCCUCGACCACCCAACGUUCGCUCCCCUGCGACGCCUCACGCGAUUUUUUGACAUGUUUGGCAUCGCUUCGUCAAUCUCGCCGGAGCUUGUGGUGAACGCCAAAGACAUCCGUCCCAUGCUCACGUCUGUAUGCCCAACUCCAAAAACCGAAGCCGAGAUGGAGGUGUUUGUGAAGGACCUCCUGUCGUCCCUGAACGGCUCGGACCUCCGCCUGGGCGAUUUUGUUUCUUUUGCAGACACUUGCUUCGACCUCCAAGUCCUUGUGCGGCGACUGUGUUGGGAAAAUCUCACCGAGUUUCAACGAGCGGCCAUCGAACAGGACGAGCUCGAUAUGACAGCCUCGUUCGUUGAGCGCGAGCGACUGGCGGCUCAGCACGCGAAAGCGCUGGCGUACUGGAUUCACAUGGAGCCGCGCCAUCGAUUUAUGCGGUGGAAACAGUUUGCAGCGGACUCUGUGCGAUUGAAAAGAGCCGACUGCCAUGCAGUGCGCUACAAGUGGGGUCGCGGCGUCAUGUACUUGGAGAAGAAUGUGCAUCGUGUACGUUGGAUGAGGCGAAGUCUUCAGAAGGCAGCCCAUUGCCACAACCGCACGUUGACAGUCGUGGCGUGGGAGGGCUUGGUCUCCUUUUGGACAUCCUGUCGAGAACUCGAGCGCGUGGCAACGAAUCGAAGCCGCCUUUUGUACGAUGCGGCGCGGCGGCGAAGCGCGUGGACGUCCCUGGUGAACUAUGCACUAGACCAGCGACAAGCCAAGCAGGUGCUCCUGGAACGGACCAUGAUACUUAUGCAACAGACAACUGGCAAACUCCUCGCCAAGAUGGUGACCGCGUGGCGGUACUUCGUCGAGCUCCAGAAGCUAGACCGCAUGUCCCAGCAGCGCCAGGACGACAUGGUGGCAGCCUCGGUCGAGUUCGAGCGGUAUCAACACGAGUGCUUGUGCAUGGACCGCGAAGACGGGCUGGCAGCGCAGAUGCGCGCGGAUGAAGCCGCUGAAGUGGAGCGAGCACGCAAGGCGGUGUUUCGAGAACAGUCGCGUCAGGUGUUUCAAGUGCGCAAGAUCAAGAAGCAGGAAGAAGCGAGGACCGCAUUAAAGAAGAAACGGGAAGAGGCUCAAGCCAAAUUGGCGGAAGCAGCGUGGAUUGAUAUCGAACAAAUGGCCGUGGCCAAAGCAAGAACGUCGGCGGAGGACUGGCUUCGAACGCCGCAAGGCCAAACGGAGCUCCAGGCUGCUGCGACGUACAUAUACGAAGACCCUCCGGCGAAUGUGUCCAAGAUGCUGCAAAACGACCCAACGUAUUCGAACGUCCCGGACUGCGCUUGGGUGUGUCGGCUUGAAAGCAUUGGCGGGCGCCACGCCAAGGCGUACUUUUACCACAGCGAGCGGCUGGAGAAGGUCCUGUGCGAUGAGCUCACGAUGAAAGCGGCGCUCGCGAUUGCGUCCGAACAGUUGAUUCAACUUCGGAUCAACACGAUGAAGGUGCAGCUCGCCCAGCGCGGCGAAGAAGAAAAGACCAAGUUCCAGCGAAACGCCGCCGCCAAGCGCAUCCAGAUGCUGUUUCGGUGUCGCCAGGCCAAGAAAUAUGUCCGCAGUCUGCUGCGGUCGCUCGUGAUGAAGCGCAUCGACGCCGCAACCGGGCGGCUCGUCUACUUCAACAUCCAAGAGCGCACGACGUCGUACGCGCCGCCCCGUCUGAUGGGCGCGGCAGAGGGGACGCUGCCGGUCGAGUCGUCGACGUGGGUACGCCGCGUGGACGGAGCGAGCGGCGAACAGUUUUACAUGGACAUGACGACGGGAGAAACGUCGUGGAUGCCGCCCAAUUAUUAUGUGAUGUGUACGCAGUGCAAAAUGAACUUUUGCACGUCGCGGAGCACGGCAACCGGCGAGCGGUUCUGCGUGUCGUGCUAUGCUGAAUUGGCACAACUACAACGACAAGCGGACAAAGCGGCAAACGUGGCAGGCGAUGGGAUCGUGCAAGGGGCGGCCGGCACAGCAUCCAAGCCAUGGACGCGGAUCGCAGUUGUCCCGGCCAAAUGUUGUGUGUGCAAGGUGAACAACGGCGAGGUGUUGUGCCACGAAUGCCAUGGGGACACGACGUGCUCGCGAUGUUUUACCGUGCUGCACAAGAAUCCCAAGCUCAAGACCCACACAAAGCACGAGUCUCUCGUGUACACGCUACCUGCAUGAUGCAACACGGUAACUUAUUAAAUUAAAGCAGUCGGCGGCUUUCACACGUCGCGAUUGCCAAACACGGACGUCCACACGUCAGUAUGGGCCUUGAGCGGGGCAGGACUGGGGGAGGAUACGUCCGACAUGGAUGCCUCGUCGACUGGAGUGUCGUCGCGAAUGCAGUCGGGUAGCUUUGCACCAAACACAGCGCCCCACAAAUCCAUUGGUUUAUCGUUCCUCGGUUCAUCCUCUUGGUGGAGCGAACCUUGAUCCAACGAGUUGAUGUUCUUGGGUCCGGACAUUGUUCCCCACAUAUCGACUUCAGGUUCUUGCGCAACGUCGUCAACCGUGGUGGUGGAGGUAGCUUUGAUCUCAAUGCUCGUUGUAAACACAUCUUCGUCGUUCGGCGCGUCCACAUACGAAGGUGGUGACGAGGACUUACCACCAAACACAGUGCGCCACAAAUCGGGUACGUUGGUCGAGGCAGCAAUGCGCACAUUGUCGGUAGUACAUUGGGGGAUUUCAUCGUCAUCGUCUAGAGGAGUCACGCGACGUAAUACCGCUACACAUCGCGCGGUAGUGGGUCGGUUGGCAUUUGCCGACGCGGCGGCGAGGGCCUUUCGGGCAAGUGGGCGAGUGGCGAGCAUCGGGCGGUCGAUUCCUUAAUGGUCGUUGAGAGAUCG